AUGUCUGUUCUCACCACCCUCGCCGCCGCCUGGCUCAUGGCCUCGUCAGGCGUCAGCGCCGCCGGCACGUCAGCCAAGGCCAUGACGUCCAACACCAUCGGUCCGGCCGCCUUCAUGUGGCCGCCCGACCGCGUCUGGUCCGCCGACGCGGACAACACGGCGCCGUGCGGCUCCAUCGCCGGCGUCACCAACCGCACCACCUUUCCCCUGCAAAGCGGCAAGAUCUCGCUCGUAGCCCAGGACGAGUCCUAUGACCUGGAGCUCGCCGUCUCCUACGUCGAAGAUCCCAAGAGCAACAGCGACUUCAACAAGCUCAUUGACAUGGAGACGUUCAAGGACAUCAAGCUCGGCCACACCUGCGUCACCCUGCCCAACGCGCCCUCGUCCGUCAAGUCCGGCACCAACGCCACCCUGCAGAUCAAGUACAUCGCCGACUUUGACAAGCCCGAGAACCAGACCUUUUACGCCUGCGCCGACAUCACCUACGUCGAGCUCUCCGACUUCAAGGUCUCCAUCCCGUGCUUCAACGCGACGGAACCCAGCCCCGGCGACAGCACCUCCAAGGGCGGCUCCUCGUCGACGCCCAGCGCCUCCGCCUCCGCCUCGCCGUCCUCCGGCUCCGGCACCGGCAAGUCGGGCUUGUCUGGCGGUGCCAUCGCGGGUAUCGUGAUCGGCUCCAUCGCCGGCGUCGCGCUGAUCGCGGCGGCGGCGCUGCUCAUCUUCCGCAGAAAGCAGCAGCGCCUGCGCCUGCUCCGCCAGCAAAACUCGGAGCGCGGCAAGUGGGCGCCCGGCGGAGACGCGGCGCGCGACUCGCAGUCUCAGGGUAGUGUUCGGAUGAAUAACUUGUAA